AUGGAAGAGAAGGAGCUAGCAAGACCUGGACUUGGAAAGAGAGCAAGGAAAGAGCCCAAUCCCAUCCAAGCUGGGAGUGUUGUUGCAUUCUGGGAGAGAGCUGUGCCAGAGGUCUGGGAUCAGGAGACCCUGAACUCAGAAGCACUUUGCCGACGCUUCCGACAGUUCCGCUACCGUGAUGCCGAGGGCCCCCGAGGAAUUUGCAGCCAGCUCCAUGAACUUUGCAGUCACUGGCUGAAGCCAGGGAGGCACUCCAAGCAGCAGAUCCUGGACCUGGUGAUCCUGGAGCAGUUCCUCACCGUCCUGCCCUACGAAAUGCAGCGCUGGGUCAGAGGAUCCAUGGCCGAGGGUUUCCUCCUGAGUCAGGCAGGGGAGAAGAGGCAGGCAGAACAGAGGUUGGGUCACUCCAUGAAGAUGGAAGCUAUGUUUGAAAUACCUUCGUUGGAGGACGGGCAGCUGGACCAGGGCCAGGAAUGUCCCCAAGAUGCCCUCUCACAUGGCAGUGAAGAAGCAGUGUUGAGCUGUUCUGUUCGUACAGGUGUGAAAACAGCUGCUGCACCUCCAGGCCAGUCUCUGGUGUCUUUUGAGGAGGUGGCCAUCUCUUUCACCGAGGCAGAGUUGGCACUGCUAGAUCCAGACCAAAGAGUGCUUUAUGAAGACGUCAUGCUGGAGAACUAUGGGAGCGUGGCUUCUCUGGCAGGGGAUGAGCAGUGGAAUGAGAGUGAUGGGGCUGUGCUAAAUAAAGUUCAGAAGGAAGAUUUAGAAGUAAUCUUCAGGAAUCGAGGUGGACCUAAUAAGCAGAAAGGAAGUCACAUGACUGAAAGUAGGGAUAAACCUAUUUCAUGCCAACAGCAGGAUUUCAGUGAAUUAGUCCAAACAGCAGAGGCAGCAUAUAAGUGCUUGGAAUGUGGGAUGACUUUCUCUGAUCAAAGCCAAUAUGAGAUCCAUCUGCAAAUGCACAGUGGAAUGAAGACCCAUCAAAGCUUGGAGUUUGGAAAGAAUUAUGUUCACAGAACAGAGCUACCUGGCCAUCAAAGAAUAAAUAAAGGAGAGAAAUCUUAUAGCUGCAAAGACUGUUGCAGGUGCUACUCACAAAAAUCAGAUCUUUCUCCUAACCACUGUGGGACUAAUUCAGGAGAGAAUCCAUUAAUUCUCACAAAGAGUAGAAAGGCCUUCUCUGGUAUCAGAAAGGGUAAUGUACAGCUUGCAAAGCACAGUACAACAACGGCACAUCCAUGUAUUUGGUGUGGAAAAUUCUUCACCUUCAGAUCAAAGCUCCUGGUGCACCAAAGAACUCACACAAAGGAGAGACCUUUUGAAUGCUCAGAAUGUGGAAAGAGAUUCGGUUUGAGUAGCAAUCUUCAACAGCAUCGAAGAACUCACACAAAAGAGAGAAGUUUUGAAUGCUCAGAGUGUGGAAAGAGAUUCAAGGCACUGGGGGAAAGGGGCCGUCCCAUGGCCCAGGGGGUCAUUCCUGCCUACCUACGAAGCUGCACUUCUCAGCAAGAGGUUGAACUACAAGGCUACAUGCUGGUGUUGAACCACUGCAGCAUGGACUGGAAUAGCACGAGCCAAGGCAGCAUGAGACUGUGCACAGACCCCCAACGGGGUAGCUACAUGUGGAGCACCAAGGUUGGGAGGAGGAGGAUGGGACAGCGCAAGAUGGAGGAACGCUGGGAGACAUUUUGGGAAGAUGGAGACUCACCUCCACCUCCCCAAGAUGUCUUGCUGCUGUCCUCCAUCUUGUGCUACUCCAUCCUGCCCCCAGCCUUGCUGCUCCCAACCCUGCUGCUCCCAACCCUGCUGCUCCCCAUGUGGCUACCCCACCGGUGGUCUGGGAUCGCUUUCAUGCUGCCCUGGCUCAUGCUGCCCUGGCUCAUGCUGUUCCAGUCCAUGCUGUUCCAGUCCAUGCUGUGGUGGCUCAACACCAGCACGAAGCCUUGGCAUCGCCUGUGGGGCCAGCGUGAACUGCAUCAACCAAAUCCCACCAUCCGAAGUUGUGAUCCAGCCACCUCCUUGCAUCGUUACCGUCCCAGGGCCAGUCCUCGCUGCCACCUGUGA